CUCACUGUUGCUUCACGAUGAAAACAGUCCACGUGCGCUCCCCCGCUUGUUUCUGACCGUUAGGCUCUGAGAGGAGGUCUGUGCGCCGUUCGCCCUGUUGAUCUGAAUCGAGAGGCAGCUGUGAGUUCACUGAGCGCCUCUGCUGUCCGUGAAAGUGCUGCUCUGCGAGGCGGAUGCGCGAGCAGGACUCCGGCGGGAAGAGAGCGGCACUGCGGACUAAAAGUUCGUUACACGGUUGAAAACAGAGCAUGCCUCGCCUCUGAGAGCAAGACGAGCUUCUGAAGAGGUGAUCAAUACAACUGGCAUUCCACUGAGCUGUUUGGCUCCCCGCCGUGAUGGACAUGAAGGAGAGGCGUCACCGCUCUCUGACUCGGGGCAGGUGCAGGAAGGAGCUGCACUAUGCCACAUCCUCACUGGACACGGAUGAGUGCUGCGUAGCCACCCAGAAAUCCUACAGCUCCAGCGAGACGCUCAAAGCCUAUGAGCAGGACGCAGGACGGCUGCGCUACGGGGGCUGCGUGGCCGAGCUUGUACACCACGAGACGGAGGAGUAUGUCAGGCAAGCCUACGUGGAGCUGGCCCCUAUUGGCUUCAGGUACUUCAUGUCAGGUAUGAAGUGCGAAGGGAGCUUCACGUUGGCCGAACUGGGUGUGUGUGAGCGCCCUCAGCAGCAGGGUGUGUACUGCUCUGACCUGAGCCUGGUACAGCGGGGCUACUCUCUAAGCACUGGCUCUGAUGCCGACUCUGACCCUGAGGGUGUGAUGACGCCGGAGCGCGCUGUCCAGCUGUGGAGUGGCCAGGGUCUCAAGUCCUGCCGCAGCUCAGGCCUAUCCAGCCCUGACCACUCAGCAUUGACUCUCACCGACUCUGAGAACGAGCACAAGACCGAUGACGAGUCAGGUCGCCCCCUCCCUCCCACGCCGUCGUCCAGCCUGCUCCCCCCCACCCCUCCUCCCCCAUCUGGCCCUCACAACCCUGCUGCCCCGUCCAUCAGGGAGUGCCAGAUGCCCCUGCUGGACAGCGGCUCCUCCCACACCAUGCUGGACCCCCCUCCUGAUGACGAGUUUUCCCCCAACUCUUACCUGCUCCGUGCACAGCCCCCAACUGCUGGUCCAUCCAGCCAUCACAGUCAGUUGGCUCCGCGACCCCCUCUUCCCCCUCCGCACAACCACCACCAGUCUUCGGCUAAUUCGCUGAACCGCAGCACCCAUGCCAGUCGCCGGAACCCCCAGAGCCACACACCUAUCUCAGCCCCUGCUGACGGCCCUUCCACCCCAGAGUCCGUGCAGCUCCAGGACAGCUGGGCUCUCAACAGCAGCGUGCCGCUCGAGACCCGGCACUUCCUGUUCAAGACACCGUCGGGGAGCACUCCUCUCUUCAGCAGCUCAUCUCCCGGUUAUCCGCUCACUGGGGGCACCGUCUACUCUCCACCACCACGUCUCCUGCCCAGGAACACCUUCUCUAGGAGCUCCUUCAAGCUGAAGAAGCCCUCCAAAUACUGCAGCUGGAAAUGUGCUGCUGUCUCUGCCAUUGCCGCCGCCGUGCUUCUGGCUGUGCUGCUCUCCUACUUCAUUGCUCUCAAUCUGCUUGGGCUGAAUUGGCGUCUGAAGCCUACAGAUGGGCAUCUUGUCAGCACCGGCCUCAGCACAGGCAUCCCUGGCACUGGUGAUGUGGCAGCAGUGCCCUCCGGAGGCAGAGGGCCGUGGUUGUUGCGGAACAGCAGUAUAAACAGUGGUGAGCUGGAGGUGGGCCGGAGAGUGAGUCAGGAGGUUCCGCCAGGUGUGUUCUGGAGGUCACUGUUGCACCUACGCCAGCCUCACUUCCUUAAGUUCAACAUCUCUCUGGGCAAGGAUGCCCUGUUUGGGGUCUAUAUGCGCAAAGGUCUGCCGCCCUCACACGCCCAGUAUGACUAUAUGGAGCGCUUGGAUGGGAAGGAAAAGUGGAGUGUGGUGGAGUCUCCACGUGAGCGACGCAGUAUCCAGACCGUGGUGCAGAAUGAGGCUAUCUUUGUGCAGUAUCUGGACCCUGGCACAUGGCACCUCGCCUUCUACAACGAUGGCAAAGAGAAAGAGCCAGUUUCCUUCAGUACUGUUGCUCUGGAUUCUGUGCAAGAGUGCCCCCAGAAUUGCCAUGGCAACGGGGAGUGUACGUCAGGAGUGUGUCACUGCUUCCCCGGUUUCCACGGCAUGGAUUGCUCCAAAGCGGCAUGUCCUGUGCUGUGCAGUGGCAAUGGCCAGUACAGUAAGGGAGUUUGUGUGUGCUACAGUGGAUGGAAGGGGUUGGAGUGUGAUGUGCCAUUGGGCCAGUGCAUUGAUCCUGAGUGUGGUGGCCAUGGCACCUGCAGCCAGGGCACCUGCACCUGUGCAGCUGGUUACCGUGGUGACAACUGUGAGGAAGUGGAUUGUCUGGACCCCACAUGUUCUGGUCAUGGGACUUGUGUGGGAGGUCAGUGUCACUGUAAGCCAGGUUGGGCUGGGCCUUUGUGUGACUUGCCCAGAGCACAGUGUCCUGACCAGUGCCACGGCCAUGGAGUCUACAGCUCUGACACAGGCCUCUGCAGCUGUGACCCCAACUGGAUGGGCCCUGACUGCUCCACAGAGGUGUGUUCUGCGGACUGUGGGAGUCACGGGGUGUGUGUGGGCGGUGUGUGUCAUUGUGAAGAGGGCUGGGCAGGUGCUGCGUGUGACCAGAGGCUGUGUAAUCCACAGUGUGUGAAACAUGGCACCUGCAGGGACGGCAAAUGCCAGUGUGAGCAGGGCUGGAAUGGAGAGCACUGCACUAUCGAUGGGUGUCCAGGGCUGUGCAAUGGUAACGGCCAGUGCAUUAUGGGUCAGAACAGCUGGCACUGCGAAUGCCACACUGGCUGGAGGGGGCCAGGCUGCAGCGUUGCCAUGGAGAUCUCCUGCAACGACAACAAGGACAAUGAAGGAGAUGGCCUGGUUGACUGUAUGGACCCAGACUGCUGCACCCAGACUUCUUGCCUGACCAACCCGUUGUGCCGUGGGUCACGUGACCCACUCCAGGUCAUCCAGCAGAGCCAAUCGGCUGGCCAGAAAGUCAGCUCCUUCUAUGACAGAAUCAAGGUGCUGGUGGGACGAGAUAGUACUCAUAUCAUUCCAGGAAGUAAUCCCUUCAAUGACAGCUUGGCGUCUCUGAUUCGCGGCCAGGUCCUAACAUCUGAUGGAACUCCUCUGGUGGGAGUCAAUGUGAGCUUUGUGAAAUACCCGCAUUACGGUUACACCAUGACUCGCCAGGAUGGCACAUUUGAUUUGGUGGCUAACGGUGGGUCAUCUCUGACACUACGUUUUGAGCGCGCUCCUUUCCUGAGUCAGGAGCACACUGUGUGGCUACCAUGGAACCGCUUUUACGCCAUGGACACUCUGGUGCUGAAGACAGAGGAGAACACCAUUCAAGGCUGCGACCUGAGUGGAUUUGUCAGACCUGACCCUGUAGUAGUGCCCUCUCCUCUCUCCUCCUUCUUCAGCUCCAACCCCACUGAAAGGCAUAUCAUACCUGAGACCCAGGUUCUCCACGAACAGGUGGAAAUUCCAGGCACCGCUCUAAACCUGUGUUACUUGAGCUCCAGGGCCUCAGGCUACCGUGCCCUGCUCAAAGUAACCAUGACCCCAGCCCUGGUGCCUCUCAGCCUGGCCAAAGUGCAUCUGAUGGUGGCCGUUGAGGGCCAUCUAUUCCAGAAGUGGUUCCAUGCCUCACCUAAUCUGGCUUACACCUACAUCUGGGACAAGACAGACGCCUACAGGCAAAGAGUAUAUGGUCUGGCUGAGGCUGUGGUCUCUGUGGGAUAUGAGUAUGAGACAUGUCCCAGUCAGAUUCUGUGGGAGAAGAGAACAGCUGUGCUCCAGGGCUAUGAGCUCAGCCCCUCUAACCUCGGAGGAUGGUCACUGGACAAACACCACACACUCAACAUUCGCCAUGGUAUUCUACAUAAGGGUAGUGGGGAGAAUGUGUUCAUAUCUCAGCAGCAACCUCCAGUCAUCAGCAGCAUCAUGGGAAAUGGCCGGCGGCGCAGCAUUUCCUGCCCCAGCUGCAGUGGCCUGGCUGAAGGCAACAAGCUGCUGGCCCCUGUGGCUCUGGCCUGCGACGGCGAAGGCAACCUGUACGUGGGUGACCUCAACUUUGUCAGGAGGGUGUAUCCUUCCCUCAACACCACUGCCAUCCUGGAGCUUCGAAAUAAAGAUUUGCGACACAGCAACAGCCCGAGCCAUAAGUAUUACCUGGCGGUGGAUCCAGUCUCGGGCGCGCUGUUCCUGUCAGACACAAACUCCAGACAGAUCUACCGGAUUCGCUCGCUGAGCGGGGGCCACCCGCUGCUGGAAAAUGCCCAGGUGGUGGCUGGGACAGGCGAGCAGUGCGUGCCCUUCGAUGAGGCCCGCUGUGGUGAUGGGGGCAAAGCUGUAGAGGCUACCCUUAUGAGCCCCAGAGGCAUUGCUGUGGAUAAGAAUGGACUUAUGUACUUUGUGGAUGCCACCAUGAUCCGCAAGGUGGAUCAGAAUGGCAUCAUCUCCACUCUGAUAAAGACAAAUGAUCUGACUGCAGUCCGGCCUCUCAGCUGUGACUCCAGUAUGGAUGUCAGCCAGGUACGCCUGGAGUGGCCCACAGACUUGGCUGUGAACCCCAUGGACAACUCACUGUAUGUACUGGAGAACAACGUAGUCCUGCGCAUCACAGAGAACCACCAGGUGAGCAUUGUGGCUGGACGGCCCAUGCACUGCCAGGUGCCAGGCAUCGACUAUUCCCUCAGCAAGCUGGCCAUCCACUCGGCACUAGAGAGUGCCACAGCCAUAGUCGUCUCUCACACUGGUGUGCUCUAUAUCGCUGAGACGGAUGAGAAGCGCAUCAACCGCGUACGUCAGGUCAGUGCCAGCGGAGAGAUCUCGCUGCUGGCUGGCGCCGCAUCUGAGUGUGAUUGCAAGAAUGAUGUCAACUGCAACUGCUUUUCAGGUGACGAGGGUUACGCGGCCGACGCCGGCCUGAACUCACCCGCUUCACUGGCUGUUUCGCCUGACGGCACACUUUACAUCGCCGACCUCAACAAUAUUCGCGUCCGCUCUGUCCGCCGCAACCAGCCCAACGCCACAGCAAUUACAGGCACUGCUCGCUAUGAAGUAGGCUCCGCCCUGGAGCAGGAACUGUACUUGUUCAGUGAAGACGGCCUGCACAGGCAGACAAUCAGCCUUGUCACUGGCCUGCCACUUUACAACUUCAGCUAUGGCAUGGAUGGAGAGCUGGCCUCAGUCACUGACAACUCCAACAACACACUCAAGAUCCGAAGGGAGGCAGGUGGCUCAGUCAGGUUGGUGCUGCUGCCCGAGAACCAGGUGGUAACUCUGGGGAUGGACCCAGCAGGUAGUCUGCGCUCUGUCUCUGCCCUCAAUCAAGAGGUGGCGGUGCUCAGUUACUCCGGCAACACUGAACUGCUGGCCUCCAAGGCUGAUGAGACUGGGUGGACCAACUUCUAUGAGUAUGACAGUGAGGGUCGCCUAACCAAUGUCUCUUACCCCACUGGUGUGGUGACAAGUCUGCACCGUGAGAUGGAGCAGUCAAUUAACAUCGACAUGGAGAGCUCCAAUAGAGAUGAUGAUGUCACCGUCAUCACCAACUUGUCUUCAGUGGAGGCAUCCUACACUGUUGUUCAAGACCAAGUCCGGAAUAGCUAUCAAAUGUACUACAACGGCACCCUGCGGGUCUCCUAUGCUAACGGUAUGGGAAUCAGUUUCCACACUGAGCCACAUAUCCUGGCAGGCUCAGUCAGUCCCACCAUCGGGAGGCGCAACAUUUCUCUGCCCACAGACAGUGGCCUUAACUCCAUUGAGUGGAGGAUGAGGAAGGAACUGACCAAAGGCAAGGUCACUGUGUUUGGAAGGAAGCUGCGCGCCCAUGGCAGGAACUUGCUCUCCAUUGACUAUGACCGCACCACUAGAACCGAGAAGGUGUAUGAUGACCACCGAAAAUUUACACUACGCAUCAUCUACGAUGCACAGGGCCGGCCUGCUACCUGGCUACCCAGCAGCAGCCUGGCACUGGUAAAUGUAUCCUACUCUUCCACUGGGUGUCUGGUGGGCCUCCAGAGGGGAAGCAUGAGCGAGAAGAGCGAGUUUGACAGCUUUGGCCGCAUCUUGUCCCGCACCUUUGUGGAUGGAAAAGUUUGGAGCUUCAGCUACCUGGACAAGUCUAUGGUGCUGCUGCUGCAGCAGAGCCAGAAACAGUACGUGUUUGAGUUUGACGCAUCUGGUCGGAUCACUGCAGUCACCAUGCCCAGCAUGGCCAGACACACCAUGUCCACGCAUGUCUCAGUGGGCUACAUCCGCAACAUCUACAACCCUCCCGAAAGCAAUGCCACUGUCAUCCAUGACUUCAGUGAAGACGGCCGUCCUCGGGCCACUUUCUACUUAGGUACGGGUCGUCGCAUACUCUACAAGUACGGCAAGCUGGCCAAGCUCUCAGAGGUGCUGUAUGACUCAACAGCUGUCACUUUUGGCUACGAUGAGACAGCUGGUGUGCUUAAGAUGGUGAACCUGCAGAGUGGAGGCUUCUCGUGCACUAUCCGUUACCGCAAACUUGGCCCCCUGGUGGACAAACAGAUGUACCGCUUCUCAGAAGAGGGGAUGGUCAACGCUCGCUUCGACUACACCUACCACGACAACAGCUUCCGUGUGGCCAGUGUGAAGCCGGUCAUCGGAGAAACACCCCUUCCUGUGGAUCUCUACCGCUAUGACGAGAUUUCUGGCAAGGUGGAGCACUUCGGCAAAUUUGGCAUCAUCUACUACGACAUCAACCAAAUCAUCACCACAGCCGUCAUGACACUCAGCAAACACUUUGAUGCCCACGGCCGCAUCAAAGAGGUACAGUACGAAAUCUUUCGCUCACUCAUGUACUGGAUGACGGUGCAGUAUGACAGCAUGGGUCGUGUCAUCAAGCGUGAGCUCAAGAUUGGGCCUUAUGCUAACACCACACAAUACAGAUAUGAAUAUGACGGUGAUGGCCAGCUUGUGGGCGUCAAAGUGAAUGACUGGUCCACUUGGCGCUACAGCUAUGACCUCAAUGGCAACCUGCACCUGCUCAACCCUGGUAACAGUGCCCGGCUACUGCCUUUGCGCUACGACUUGCGUGACCGCAUCACACGUUUAGGAGACGUGCAGUACAAGCUGGAUGAAGAUGGGGUGCUGUGCCAAAGGGGCUCAGAUGUCUUUGAAUACAACUCCAAGGGGCUUCUGGAGAGGGCCUACAGCCGUGCUGCAGACGGCUGGAGUGUCCGCUACCGUUACGAUGGCCUGGGACGUCGUGUGUCACGCCGGACCACUAAUGGAGAGCACCAGCAGUACUUCUACGCUGACCUCAAUUACCCAGCCCGAGUGACCCACAUCUACAACCACACGCGGGCAGAGAUCACAUCUUUCUAUUAUGACCUGCAAGGUCACCUGUUCGCCAUGGAGGUGAGCAGCGGGGAGGAAUACUACAUCGCUUCAGACAAUACAGGCACUCCGCUGGCAGUCUUCAGCAGCAAUGGGCAGAUGGUGAAGCAGCUCCAGUACACGGCAUACGGUGAGAUCUACCUUGACUCCAACCCAGAAUUUCAGCUGGCUCUGGGAUUCCAUGGUGGCCUCUAUGACCCUCUAACCAAGCUGGUGCACUUUGCCCAAAGAGACUAUGAUGUACUGGCAGGACGUUGGACUUCACCUGACCAUACUUUAUGGCCAAAGAUAGGCAAGGAGCCAGCCCCUUUCAACUUGUAUAUGUUCAAGAACAACAAUCCUCUCAGCGACAUGAUUGAUGUUAAGAAUUAUGUGACAGAUGUAAAGAGCUGGCUGGUCAUGUUUGGUUUCCAGCUGAGUAACAUCAUACCUGGGUUUCCCAGGCACCCUUUGUACUUUGUUGACCCUCCAUAUGAAUUGCUUUCCAGUCAGGACUGUGACAAUGCCCAGCUGUUUACUGGAGUCCAACAUUCAGUGGAGCGCCACAAUCAGGCCUUUAUGGCUUUAGAGGGCCGGCUGCUCAACAAACACCGGCGGGCCAAGCGGGACAAGCUGGGCUACUGGUUUGGCACUAGCACCCCCAUUGUGGGCAAAGGCAUGAUGCUGGCCAUCCGGGAUGGCCAUGUGCUGACAUCUGUGUCUAGCGCAGCCAGCGAGGACAGCAGAAAGAUUGCGCAGCUUCUGAGCAAUUCCAUCUACCUGGAAGGUACACAUUACACCAUCGACGGCCGUGACUGGCACUUCUUUGUAAAGCUAGGGCUAGCGGACGGUGACCUGUUGGCCCUGGGCUUCAGCAGUGGCCGCAAGACACUUGAGAAUGGCGUCAAUGUGACAGUCAGCGGGCGCUCGCGUAGAGGCGUUACCAUUGAAAUCCACACAGCAACGUUAGCUUUUAGCAUCCGCUAUGGGCUAGCGCCGGAGGUUUUGGAGAAGGAGCGCGCUCGAGUGCUGGAGCAGGCCCACCAGAGGGCGAUGGCGGGGGCCUGGACCAGGGAACAGCAGUAUGUGCAGGAAGGCAGGGAUGGGGGCCGCACGUGGACCGAGAGCGAGAAGCAGCAACUGCUGGCUGUGGGCAAGGUCCCAGGCUACGAGGGUUACUACGUUCUCCCUGUGGAGCAGUACCCUGAACUCGCAGACAGUAGCACUAAUGUCCAGUUUCUCAAACAGAACGAGAUGGGCAAGAGGUAACAGAGCCCAGGCUGCUGCGGCCACUGCCCCUCCCUCAUCUCCCACGGAGAGAACAGAGACUUAGUCCAGAGAGAGCUGCAGGCAUCUUUCAUAAAAGACUUCAUCAACAUGGAAAAACUGCAGCCAACGGCCAAAAUAUUCUUGAUUUGGAAAAGCACCUGUAACUACACAAACUGUCUUUUUUGUAAGGGAAUUUAGACUUUUUAGAAAAAAAAGGCAAAUAUUUUUAGGUCAUUUUGGGGUGAGUGUAAAUUACAGUGGUGUUUUCAUGACAGCCAACUGAUGGCUUGGAUUUUCUGACCUACGUAUAGUUAAGGCUCCUUUCAUAAUUACACAACAGAUGUAGAACAUGUUGAAGCAGUUAGUUAGUCACCAUCUCAGGCCUCAAAAUACGAAAAUGAUACUGAAACAGCCGUCACUUGCCAAUAUAUAUAUAUAUAUAUA